UUUCAAGACACGGCAUAGGCCUUGAAAAGUUGUGCAUUUGAAAUCGUCUCAGCCUCGACUUUCCGGAAGUCCUACUUUGAAGCCCAUCUUCACGAACGGUAAGUUCUACCAAGAGACCUAGAUCACGAGGCUGGAACGGCAUCGAAAAUGGCUUCAAACAUGGCCAAGGAUACACGGCGUUCUGAAGAUACAACAUCGGAGAGAAAGACAUUCAAAUGCUUCCAGUGCUCAUUCGAGUGUUCUGACAAGAACGAUCUUCAUCUUCACAUGAGAGAUGUGCAAUGUUACUUAGGCAUUGAGGGAAAUGUUUCUGACAGAGACAAGUUGAAGACCCUUAGAGAGGAAUACACAGUGAAGGAUACAGCCCAACUCUUUUAUAGCAGCAUGGCAUGUCGCAUUGGGAGGACCCCAAGUGUCACUAGUAAAACAAUUGGUACAAACCAUAGAGUGACUGAGAAGCAGGCAAACGAAAGGUACAUAAAUAUAGGUAAGGACGCAGUUGGAACAUCAAAUCCAACGAAGUGUAAAGUAGUAUACGAGCGCUGCAAACAAAAUUUGUGUGGUGGAAAUGUGGCUUCUGAGGGCACAAACAUCCCCCAAAUGACUCCUAUGCCUACAUCCAAGACGCAAAGAUUGACCGUGAACGCUAGGCAUGCCGACAAGCUACGAAGAGUCUUACAACAACAAGGAAUCAGAGAUAGAUUUACAAGCAUGCUAAGAAUAAAGAUGAGAAAGAAGCUUAUGGAGUUGGGGAUAACAAAACAAUCUCCAGUUGUGGUAAAGAAACGAAAACUGGCAGUUGAAGAGAAAAAGAAGCAAUUGGAAAUUCCUGAAAAGCAACAGGUGUUGCCACAUGGGUCCAUACAUAUCACAGCCCGUGAUCAACACAACGCGACAGGUGUCCACGGCUUCGGUAGCAAACGUCCAGCGACCGCAGAGGAAGACGCUAUGGGCCACCGUAGACCAUCAUUCCCGCAAGGAAACGGUACCGUUUCCUCUUCCGUACCCAUUGACCUCCGCGUCAAACGCACAACCACACAAUCAUCCACCACGACAAGACAUGAAGAACUUGACCUCCAUCGGAUGCGACCUCCAAGUUUACCCAAUCGUGCAGAAACCGGUAGGACACAACAUUCUGGUCAUCAUGAUAUGAACAAUAUAAAGUACGUUCGUCAAAGGAGUUUGAGCCAGGCACUGAGGGAGGUCGAGAGGUGCCUUUGUCGGGACUGUCGCCCUGUGUUUCUCACUGGAGUUCAGACUAUCGAUCGAUGUCACGCAGAACUUAGGCGCGAGACCCAAUCUCGACGUUUAACCAAUCAGUGAUGACAAAGGGUUAAAAGGACACGAACAGACUACCCAAGGUCAUUAUACAUGGACAUUAUAAACAAAGGAUGAUCAAUACGUUUUUAGUUUUACCAAGAAAUAAGAUGCACAACUCAAAUUUCGGGGGAUAAUUACAUAGUAUGAAGUCUUUCAAUACAACGUUACACCAAAUUUCAAAACUUUAUAGUCGUUUCUUUAUUACAUUCCAUUAAGUGGUGAGAAAAAGCAAUGGUGUAUUGUGAUCAGAGCUGUGUGGGUCGUGUUCCUCAUAUCAUGAAAUCUUCGAAGACGUCAUGCCAAAUGUAUACUUAAUGACGAUUAUGCUACGGCAUUUGAGUUAUGCACCUUUUCCUUGCUUAGGUAGACGUCAUUGCACAAACACAGGGAAAACAAUAUUUUGGAAAUAUGAAGAUAUCUUUACUAGCAAGGGCUUGAACAUAUACUCAUCUAGAUCAAAAGUUCUUUUCAAUUUAUCUUAUCAAUUAUUGAUAUUAACAGGAUGUCUGUACAAUAUUUAAAACAUGGUAACCAUGUUUUAAAAACCGUUGUACUUUUUGUGUGUCUAUUCUAACUCGAGAUUAUUAUUACCUGUACAGAGCAAUAUAGAAAGCUUUAGGUCAAUCAUUCAUAAGCAGAUGUAUGGCGAUAGUUACGUAAUGUAUCUACUUAAUGACAUAAAGUGGUAUCAUGGUGUGCCUGUGAUUAUGUCCGACAGCAUGCCGUUCACACCUGCUACGACAGGCGUCGCUUCUAGGGAUUUUGCUCCCGUGUAAAGUUUGGGUUACAUACCCAUGGCAUUCAAAACAUUGACGAUGAUUCGUGGAGUCACUUUUCAAAUAGAAAUGUCAUGAUAAGACUGGGCACACUACAAUGUACCUAUAGGAUAAGAUUGGACACAGAAAAAAAGGUGGCGCAAUAGAUAAAUUAAUUGCACACAUACAUGUAGAUAGGCUAUGUAACGCACCCAACGCAAUAGACUAACAUAAGGCUGACAUGAAAUAUCCGUAGUAUUCAAUUCAAGUUGGUGCAAACUAGGCUUAAGUUCAAUAGAUACUAGUACUAUAAGAAUAAGGCAAGGAAUUGUAUAGGGUAUACUGAAAACUGCCCUCAAGGAGCAAACCAUUCAGUAUCCACAAUGGAAAGACAGUGGCAAAGCUGUAUCAAGGUCGACGGGGCAUGCCUACACUACACCUGACUGAACGCUAGUUAUUAUGUAGUCAUUUGACCUUUCGUGUAAGCUACCUGCUCUAAUAGGUGGUACAACAAAUCUGAAGCAGCUUUUAACCUGAAUGGAACUUUUCUCAGACAUUGUUCUUAUAGUAUGGUCUUAACUGGUGUAUAGUAAAGUUUAGAAUGGUACGGGGCUUGGGUAGUUUUUUUAUAGAAUGGUAACUCUUCAAUUGAUCUUGCUACAGGCCAAGAGCAAAGGUCUAACGUUACAAAUCACCUGGACGGAUCCACCCAAACCAAGCCUCAAGGCAAACUACUAAUUCCAACGUACAGGGUCUAAAAUAGAACACUUACGGUCUUGAUUCAUGUGACUGCCAUGAAAGAAUGUCACAAGAAGGAAAGCUCUUUUUGAUUUAAAAUCUUAGUUAAAAGAUUUCAAAUUGAUAAAACGUUUCAAAAUGGGCUAUUUGUUCCAUAUCGAAAAGGUCAUCUUUGACGUACGGACGAAAAACUCGCGCGUCAUAAAAGAUUAGGUACCUCUACGAACACAGUACACUCAAGUUCUUUUGACGUCACUUUGUAAUAGACAGACUGUCCAUCUUGAUUAGUACUUCAACCAAUGAGAGAAUGGCAAUUAGCACUUUAGCCAAUGAGAAAGUAGCUGCUUGCGGGUAAUUUUUUUUGCAUUUCUUAGUAUUGACGGAAGUGGGUGCAGAUAUGGGAUCGGUGUUUUACGCAAUAGUAACUUACAUGUACACUGAAUGUUCGUCAGUGUCUGAUUCAUCGACACAUAGUUUAUAUAUGCAAAUAUCCAGAAUACUGUAAAAGCGGAAAUAUUCGGGGGGAUUUGAUUUCGCAAAAAGAACAAAAAGGGGUGGUUGGAAAUACGGGGUUUUAUUGCAAAAGAGAAAAUGUUUGCGGUGGUUGUAAGUUCACAGUGAAGAGGUUCUCGUGAAUUGCGAACAUUUUCAAUUUUACAGUUGAUGGUAUCUCGUGUAUGUACACGUGGAACACGGUCCAAUAGUUUUGAAUGAAGAUUCUUUUUACAUCACAGUAGAUUAUAUCAGUAAUAUCGUGGGAACGAAUUUGAAGCGUAAAAUUGACAUCGAGUAACAUUUUCUUCCGUAGAUAUGCCGAAUUACACUCAGG